AUGCAUGUGUCCAGAGAAUCUCCGUCUCCCAUACAUUCGAGUGGGAGCUCAGGAAAUCUCCGAGAACUGGGGAGCUGGGACAGUCUGGAUGACAACUACUUCACCGAUGAAGAGAGGAGGGAGUUGACACCUGUUGUCCUCGCAGAGCAAAAACAGAUUGAGAGGACAGCCUUUGAGAACAGGAAUGAAAGCUUCACCAGCUGGCAUCGAGGCAACAAAACUCUGAAAUACGGGGGUAGCGGAGUUGUCUAUGUUGCUAUCGAUGAUGUUACUGGCCAACUCAUGGCCUGCAGACAAGAAGCCGCAUCGGCAAAUUCCAAGGCUACUGACCGCUUCAUGCGAGAGAUGAAUACCCUAAGGCUGCUACGACAUAACCACAUCGUUCAGUACAAGGGAUCGUGUGUCCGAGACGGUAAACUAUGUGUGUUGAUGGAAUUCUGCGAUGGAGGAAGUAUUGCAUGCAUUCUCUCACGGUUUGGGGCUCUCAGCGACCGUCUAACAGCCAGAUACACACGGCACAUCCUAUCUGGUCUGGACUACCUGCACAGGCACUGUAUCGUGCACAGAAACAUCACUUGCAGUACCUGCUUGGUCACGACUUUGGGUGUGGUGAAGCUAUCUGACUUCGGUCAAGUGCGAGUGUAUGCUCCCCAUCAAUCGCAAUCGUUUGAGGGGACGUUGGGAUACUCUGCUCCAGAGGUUUUUAUCAAGGGAGUGUUUGCGCGACAGUCGGACAUUUGGAGUUUGGGAUGCUGUGUUUUGGAGAUGUUGACAGGUGCUCUGACCAUGGAAGAUGUUCCUCCGGAAGAAGCUCCCGACCUGGGAUCGGGAGCGAAACGAUUGUUUGCAAGGCCAGCGAUCCCCAAGGAUCUGAACGAGGACGCGCAACGCUUCCUGGACGAAUGCUUGCAACCCACCUAUACUAAAAGGCCGUCAGCUCGAAAACUUUGUACAUAUGCAUUCGUGCAAGAGGGUCUGUUGUCGACAGGGAGCGACAGUCAUCCGGUUCUGCCAGGAGAUCCGGCUGAGAUGUCGGAGAACAUCGCGUCUCCAGACGCGCUCCUGGAGAUGCAAGCUCCUUACUCCCCUCUAGGAUGGUUGUACCAGAACAAGAGUCACCGCAACACGGCGCUUUGGUUCUGCGAGCAGGAGGUGAAGAUAGAGCAUUUCUUUGGGCGAUACGAGGACCUUGAGCUCGAGAAGGCAUAUCAGAAAGAGUUCUACUCGACCAUCUGCAUCCGACUGAGAAACUUCGCUCGUGUGCUGGUAGCACCAACGUUGGGUUUCCUCUUCGUGUACGGGUCCUGGUCGUACAGUCUGAAGAGAUUGUUUGCGAUGGGCUUGCUCGUCUUGCUGGCACUGUGGAGUGUGGGGGUAGGAUGGAUGCCUCUGAAUGGCAAGUGGAGCACAGACCUAACACAAUCGACUAGAAAUCUGUUCCGAAUCUUCCAGGCGAUUGUGAUCGUGAUCUCGUGGGAAGAGUCUGCUGUCGUCUGCUUCCUCAUCUUCUGCGCCAACUCUUGGCUAGUGAGGCACAUCUUCUUCCCCAGCGAGGCGGUCCCAUACUUUCUCCUCUACCUCCUGCUGAGAUACCUCAACGUUGCCAUCGACUUCUUCAAAGAAGCGAGUGUGAAGGAGGACAUCGAGGGGGUUAUGGAGGGAGCUAUGACGUCGUUCAUGUCUUACUCGUGCUUGGUCGCGCUCUGCCUAUGGGGACUGAAGAUGACAUCACUGCAGAGUAGAGAUCACUUCGCAAGUCACUAUUUGUGA